AAUAUGCUACUUAGCCAGUUCACAACACUGAUCGCCACCGAUCCACUAUUGAUGGGCACACUCUCACUCUCGUCUCUCGUGCUCUUCAUCCGCCUAACGACCCAUCUCAAGUCGCGCCUACUUUGGUCAUGUUCAGCAUCUUGGUCAGGAGCACCUUUGCACCUUCCGCCGGAGAUCGUGCAGUUCUUAUGCCGGGCUCUGCAUGCCAGCGAAGCUUUGGUUGUACGGUGCUGGUCCGUACUCCGCGAUCAGAUAUGGGAAAGUGCGGAUGCCUGUGGCUCUCACAGCGAUGAGCUGUUGCCUAUCGCGGGCGACCUUCUUGAUAUAUUCCUUCGCCACGGCGUGGAUUUGGGGAUCAGCGCAUACGAAUUCUAUCCGAGGGAGCGAGGAUGCCUGGACCCUCGCUGUCAAGUACGUUGUAGGGUACAAAUGGAGCUUGCUCGCGAGAUUCCGAUGCGUGUUGUGGUCUUUACGCGGGAAUGGGGUGCCCUGCCGGCCUGGUCACACUCUGCAAGGUGUCCUCGCUGCCUUACACGAUAUUAUCCGACAUAUUAUGUUGUUGACCGAAAAGUGCGCGUCUACCACCGAGGAGUUCCGCCUUUCAUCCAUGUGGCCACGCAUGUCUACAUCGAACAAUCAGUGUGUCGGAGGUUCAGGGACUCUAUGGUCUGUGCAUGGGUGUCCGCAACGAACAACGCUCGCAUUUACAAACUCGAACAUGGUGCACGCACUUCUGGCUGCUUUCCAGACGACUGGCCUGUCCGGCCCUCCAUGACGAGCGAGCUGGUCUGGGAUUCCUUCUUUCUGUGUUCGCUAAAGGACCACCAUUUCGAGCAUCAGUCUCAGCUCAUUGUAGAUAAUGAUGUGUCUCAGGCUGAUCGCCUGAACACUGCACUACGUGUGCGCAACUUGAUGAUGAUGGGUAUUGGGCAGGAAGAAUGGAACCAUGUCUGUAAACUCUGCAUGGAUUUCAAGGAGCCAAACCAUAUCAUGCGAGCGGUUGUCAUCGAUGGCGUUCAGAUAGGACACCCGUGCUGCAGUGUCCAUGACUGUAAGCAGCCUCUGGUCACUCAGCGUGCUCGAUUCUGCCUAGUACAUGACUCGCAAAGCAAGAUAUGCGCAGUUGUGGGCUGCACGGCGUCGUGCGAGGAACCUUUCAAGACUUGUGCAAUCUCACAGCAUCGUGCCCUGGAGAAUGAUCUGUUAUCCCGCGCCGAUGUUAUCAUGGACAUUCAACCUGACGGCGGCGCUCAGGACUGUUCUGAGAAAGAUGAAGCUGGAAAUACCAUCCCAAAAGCAAGGUUUGGUCGUCGUCGGACACACAACGAGCAACUCUGUGUUGCUACAUGCGGUGUUAUCCUCUCGCGGGCAACAUUCUUUGGCUCUGAAGGAAUCGAUGGUGUUCGGCAAUUCCUACAUGCGACGUUCCCUACCGAGCGUUCGGUACCUCAAGUGAUAUUCUACGAUACCGCCUGUCUGCUGAAGAAGCGUCUUAUGACGGCCCAAGACCAUCAUUUUGACCGGUGUGCCCUCCCUGUCGACGUAUUUCACAUGAAGUCCAAGCACAAGGAGUCGGAUGAGUUCUGUGGCCGCUAUUGCAAUGCGGCGCAAUUUCCGGAUCUUAUAGUAGGAACAAAGUGGAGAUUCAACUCAUCUGCAGCAGAGAUGACGAAUGCAUGGUUUGACGGAUUUGCUGCUAUGGUAAGGGAGAUGCGAGAUGACCGCUACGAUUUUUUCUUGGAUGAGAUGAUAAAACACCACAACCGGUUAGUAGUGCAUGAGCUAGUGGGUCGAAACGCCAAUCCUCAUCAUAUAGACCGGCAAGUAUUGUUAUCCUAG